CCAGAAACGCAUACAAUUAUUACAAGAAUCCUUGCAAAAUAAAGCAACCGAAAUUGCUUCGAUUUGUGGCGAAACGUUGGUCGACAAAUGCUCGAAAUUAAAUGUACCAACAAGUCAACAAACUGUACUCCGAGAAAUAAUCGCGGCUGCAGGGAAGCAAACGACAAGAGUCGGCGCUAUGAGGAGGAGUGGAUUAUGCUAUGUCUACUGAUGAACAUAAGAUCACCAGGUUACUACGAGUUCCUCCGUAAGAAUAACGUUUUACCACUGCCCUGUCAUCGAACGAUCCGCAGUUAUUUCUCACUUGUCGACAUGAAAUGCGGUUUUGACGAAGAGUUUGCGAAAUUGCUCGCAAAACAUUUUGAGACGAAAACUAUUUUGCAGCGACAUGGUGUACUUCUCCUCGAUGAAAUUAACUUGAGGAAGUCAGUGGCCGUGUGUUCAAAAAACUUAACCUAUGUUGGAUUAACUGACUUCGGUAACGAUGGGCCGCAAUCGACUAACUUGAAGAUCAAGCAACACAUGGUCUCGUUCUCAUGUUUCAGCCUCUUGCUGAUUCAUACACAACCAAACGCAGUGUUUGCUUCAAAAAAUCCUGUAAAGAGUGAUGAGCUUGCGAAGCUAGUUAUUAAAGCUAUUGUGUACCUGGAAAGGACCGGAGCGAAAAUUCAUGGAGUCAUCGCCGACGGCGCAUCGACGAACGCAAAGAUGUGGUCCCUAUUAGGUGUCUCAGGUUCGAUGGAGGAUACAAAAACGUGGUUCACGCAUCCUGUAGAUGACGACCGAAAAGUUUUCGUCUUCUCUGAUGCGCCCCAUGUCAUUAAAAAUGUUCGGAACAGGUUGUAUAACAAGAAAAAAUUGCGGGUUAAAUUGUCCAACAAUUACAUAUGUUGGGAUUACAUUGCAGCUCUAUUCAACCUUGACAUCCAACAUGCUGGGAAUGCGAGGGCCUGUCCAAAGUUAACACAACGGCACGUUGUGUUAAACAGCACUUUGAAAAUGCGCGUUCGACUUGCGACACAGGUUUUUAGAAACUCUGUGGUACAAGGGUUACAUUUUUAUUUACGCUAUAAUCCGGAAGGACCUCUGAAAGGAUGUGAGAAAACAAUCGGGUUCUGUAAGCGAAUGAAUGAUAUGUUUGAUGCGUUGAACCGCAAAACUCCGAAUGAAGGGCUUAUUCCAGAGAGUAAAGACUUCAAGGUAUUGCAAGAAUCUCUUGAAUGGUGGGAGACGGCAUUGCAAAAAGGGGAGAUAACGGCUGAUGAAUAUUUAACAAGAGAGACUUCGAAAGCGUUGCGAAUAUCUCUGUGAUCUACUAUGGAUAUGUGCUGUUAUCUCAUCGGAAAAUUUGAUUUCCAAUAUCUAUUAACAGGAAAAGUUAAUCAAGAUAACUUGGGAGAAAUUCUUUGGCACCAUUUGUCAAGCCGCAGGGUGUAACGAUCACCCACACAGCGCCACGUUCUUGCAGCUGUAUAAAAUAUUGUCGGUGUAUAGCAUAAUAAAGCCUCCAAAAUUUGGAAAUUGCACUGUGUCCGAACAAUCGUCGCCACAGCUUCUGCUGUCAUUGCAUGAUUUAAAAACAGCCUAUGGGCAAAAGUCUGAGGCGGAAAGUGUUAAGUAUCAACGUGAAAUUCGAGCGAAGCUAGACGAGAUUCUGCAGCACGACGAUGGGGAGGCAGAUGACGUCAUUGAGAAUAAUCCUGACCACGAUUAUUUCCUGUCCGAUUCCCUUAUCCUUGACUGUAUUAUUUACUACGUUACAGGUUUUUUAUUUUAAGAUUUAUUUCUUAUAUCGUAGGUAUUUUUGUAUUGUAGACUGAUAUUGCUUCUCGUUUUCGCCAUGAAUUGCUAUUGCAUGCUUUAGUUUUGUUCAUAGAUAUCAUCGUAGACUAGAAUAUUUCUUCUCGUUGCAUGUCAUCCGGACAUGCGACAUACUCCUUUACAUAUUUAUAUGAGAUUUACAGGUUACCCAUGUAAGCAAGUAUUGAAAAUUCACAAAAAAUGCGUUACUUGUCAAGAAGCGAUAAAAUCAGACUCUUCUAGUUCAUCUUCAGUGUCGCAUUUGGUCGAUCUAAAAUCAAGAGGAGGACUGAUUCACGCAAAUUUGAGUUUUUUCAACUUAAUUCGUCACGUAGAGGCAUGUUUUGCUAAAUAUGCAUCCCGGCGCGAUGCAAAGAGCACGCCUCAGACAUUUUGUCAUAUUCGAUAAUAUAUUACAUACGACUAAGAAUGAGACAAAAUGCCCACCAGGAAAAUCUCAAAGUUGCAAAGAAAUUUGUU